CAUGUCCAGCAUGGGGCUCCCGCUUCUGCUCUUGCUGCUGGCACCGCCACUAUGGCCCUUCUCAUUGCCACCGCCGGACACCCCAGAGGGUAAAGCCACCAUCACGGGCCUCAUCCUCUCGGUGCUGGAGAAAGCCACCUCCUUCCUGAAGAAGAGGCUACCUGAAAUCAACCUGGAUGGUGUGGUGGGGUUCCGGGUGCUGGAAGCGCACCUACGAGGCGUUCAGGAGGAGUGGGCCCAGGACCCCCAGCUGCAGCCGCUGAGCCUGCGCAUGGGGACACUGCAGCGGAAGCUGGCACCGCUCCUGCACAGAUCCAUUGUCUACCUCAAGCUGAGCGACCCCGAGUACCUAAGAGAGUUCCAGCCAACCACCCAGCCCGGGUUUUGGAAGCUCCCACACGUCUGGACACACAUCAAUGCCUCCAUGGUAUACCCCACGCUUGAGCCCCAGGACUCCUUCUCAGAGGAACAGAGUGACAUGUGCCUGGUGCAGUUGCUGGGAACCAGGACGGACGGCAGCCAGCCCUGCAGGCUCUCGGACUUCUGCAGGACACUCAUGACCAAGCUCGGCUGCUCAGGCUACUGCCUGUCCCACCAGCUGCUUUUCUUCCUCAUCGCCAGGAUGAAAGGGUGCACAAGGGGGCUGUUCCACCAGAGCCAACGCUACAUGAACCUUUUCUGCGCCAAGAUGAUGGACCUGAACCGGAGAGCCGAGGCCAUCGGAUAUGCUUACCCCACCCGGGACAUCUUCAUGGAAAACAUCAUGUUCUGUGGAAUUGGUGGCUUCUCCGACUUCUACCAGCUCCAGUGGCUGGAGGCCAUUCUCAGUUGGCAGAAGCCGCAGGAAGGAUGCUUCGGGAGGCCUGAUGCUGAAGAUGAAAAAUUACCUAAAGACAUUCAUCACCAACAGCAUUAUCGGAUAAGAGAAAAGAGGCGAGAAAAACAAUUUGCAGAUGGAUGCUCCUCCCACAACACAGCCACAGCCGUGGCGGCCCUGGGCGGCUUCCUCUAUGCCCUGGUACAAUACCCGCUAGCAAACGGAGAGCUGCGGCAGGCCACACCGGUACCACCAACGGCCACUGACAUGAAUGGUUCCACGCCUGCCAUCCACCAGGAAGAUAAAACCCAGGCCUUUGGUCCCUCCUUCUGAAAUCCUUCGUCACACCCUGAGAAGGAGACGCCCAGCUUCAUCCCCUCGGGGA